GUGAGAAAUGCAUAGAUUAGGUUUUCAGGUGCGAGAAGAAUACUAACAAUGAAGAUAACUUGUACAGCUUUGGUAUUCCUCAUCCAAACAUUGGGAAGUUUAGCUUUAGAUGAUUCCCCAUUUCAACUAACUAACAAAGACACUGGUUUUUGUUUGGUUAAAAAUAACUUCUACUGCCAUGAUGUAUUCUGGACAAACGGUGACAGACUUCAGGUUCAAUGGUCAAAUAAGUGCCUGGGAGCCCAGGGGAAAAGUGUUGGAAGUGAAAUAAGCCUCUACGUUUGUGAUGAAACCAGCCAACUCCAAAAGUGGGAAUGCAAUAAUGGAACAGUGCUCGCCCUCAAAGGACAAAAGCUUUACAUAGAGCUCACUGCAGACAACACAGCAGUUCUCUCUAAAACUAUCGGACCAAAUAACCACCUCACAAUUUCAGGGACGUCCAGCGGUGCUUGUGCAAGAACAUACAGAGAAUGGUUCACCAUUGAGGGAAAUGCAAAUGGUAGGGCCUGCAUGUUUCCCUUCCAGUACAAAGACAGGUGGUACAGUCAAUGCACGACGAAUGAUAACACAGAAAAACGACUUUGGUGUGCAGUUCAAACUAACUAUGAUGAUGGACUCUGGGGGUAUUGCCCAACUAACUCCAAAGAACACUGGAAUAAACACACUACUACAGGAGCGUAUUACCAGAUCAACACAAACUCAGCUCUGACUUGGGCCCAGGCUGAAGCCAGCUGCAAACAGCAGGUGUCUUCACUGCUGAGCAUCACCGAUCCUCACCAACAGGCCUACGUCACAGCACUGCUAGGGCAACAGGGCGAGAGGGCGGGGGUAAAGCUUUGGACCGGGCUGAUCAAGAACCCAGAACAUGGCUGGCACUGGUCUAAUGAGAGACCUUUCCGUUAUCUGAACUGGUACUCUGGACAUCCACUUCCUGAUCCUGGGUACGACUGUGGAAUUGUUGAUCCUGCUGUGCAGUACUCGUGGCAAAGUUCAUCAUGCACCAAGAAACUUGGGUACAUCUGUUACAGUGAAAGAGCUGCGACUCAUCCUACUACAGGAUCAGAGACAGGAUUUUGUUCAAGCCCUUGGAUUCCCUACAAUGGCCACUGCUUCCACCUUAACCGAGAGCAGAAAACAUGGUCUGACGCUCAGAAAGCAUGCCGUCAAGAAGGAGGCGACCUAGUGAGCAUCCGCAAUGUGGAGGACCAAAGCUUUGUCAUCUCUCAACUUGGCUAUGCAUCCAAUGAUGAGCUUUGGAUUGGACUGAAUGAUAAAAAGACAGAGAGGCUGUUUGACUGGAUUGACCACUCUGAUGUUACCUUCACCAGCUGGGAGUCUGGUAGACCUGCUGUCCUUUCUGACCCAGAGGACUGUGUUCUCAUCAGAGGAGAGAAUGGGAACUGGGCUGACCGUGUGUGUGAUGAGAAACAUGGCUUCAUUUGUAUGAAGAUGAGUGCCUCUGAACCUUCUGGGGAUGAAGUGGAGCAGGAUGUAGGCUGCAAAACUGGUUGGAAAAGACACGGCUCCUACUGCUACCAUGUAGGAACAGAGACAAAGACAUUUGAUGAAGCCAAAAGUGACUGCAAGAGAUCAGAUUCCUACCUAGCUGAUGUUUCAAAUGGAGUGGAUAAUGCCUUCCUCGUCAGCUUGGUUGGGUUGAGACCAGAGAAAUACUUCUGGCUGGGCCUCUCAAACCAAAAUGACAUUGAUGUAUUUGUGUGGACCAACUCAAACUCAGUGAGGUUCACUCACUGGAAUGCUGAAAUGCCAGGUCACCAACAGGGGUGUGUUGCGAUGACAACCGGGGUUUUUGCUGGCCUUUGGGAUUUACUGCCCUGCACCAAUAAGGAGAAAUACAUCUGUAAACAUCUGGCAGAGGGGGCAGUUCGAACCCCUGAACCACCCACUCGUGCCCCUCUUAAGUGUGCCGACGGUUGGACUCAAAUACAAUCCAGAAACUUUUGCUUUAAGUUGUUCCCAGAGCCAUCAGAAAAGAAGAGGACCUGGUAUGAGGCCAGGGAUUACUGCAGGACUAUCGGAGGAGACCUGCUCAGCAUCCACAACAAAUUUGAGCUAACCACAGUGCAGCGUGACUCUGGAUCAGCCUGGAUUGGACUUAGUGCUCCAGACCCAGUCACGGGCUACGUUUGGAGUGAUGGGUCACCGGUGAACUUUCUACACUGGGUGACCGGAGAGCCAGACAAUAUUAACAACGUUGAAUCUUGUGCUGAAUUCCGUCCAUAUGUUCGGAAUUGGUCUGGGUUUUGGAGUGAUGUGAACUGUGAGAAGUAUAAUCAAUGGCUGUGUCAGAUCCGUACAGGAGCAACUCCAAAGCCGCCUCCAGUCCCUGUCAUCCCCGACUACAAUGAGACCUCAGAUGGGUGGCUAGAAUGGAAUGGGACUCAAUAUUAUAUUAACAACAAGAAGAUGGCUAUGGAACAAGCUCGUCACUUCUGCCAACAGAGGCAUGCUGACUUAGUAACGAUCAACAGCGAAGCUGAAAGGGUCUUUUUGUGGAAACAGAUGUUUGAAAACUAUAUUUCUCACUGGAUAGGCCUGAAUGUUGACCUUGAUGAAACGUAUGAGUGGAUGGAUAGUUCUCCAGUCGUGUUUCAAAGUUGGAGUAAAGGUCAGCCUAUUUUCAAAUAUUAUGAUGAGAGCUGUGUCAUCAUGGGCUAUUCAAACGGGUACUGGUAUAAUUACAAUUGCGGGUAUGAGUUUGGAUCCAUUUGUAAACGCAGUGGCUCACCACCUGCCAACACCACAGUGGCACCCACAGUUGCCCCUAAAGGUGGCUGCCCACCCCACUGGAAACAACUAAACCAUAAGUGUUACAAAAUCAUUAAAGACCAAAAAGCAACAUGGAAAGAGGCAAGGGAACAAUGCAAAGCUAUGGGUGGAAACUUGGCUUCUAUAUCCUCAAGACAUGUGGAAGUGUUUCUGAUAACUCAAAUGGCUGACACACCUACUACAGACCUUUGGAUUGGUUUACGCAGUUCAUUUUGGCAUUCAUUUUAUUGGACUGAUGGGCAACCAAGGACAUUUUUGAAUGUUGAAGAGUGGUCUGAAAGGGAUUUUCUCAAAAUGUAUGACAGAUCACUAAAGUUUUUGCUUAACCAAGCACAGUGUGCUGUGAUCACAACCAACUCUUCCUUUGGUGUUGGGAAAUGGAUUCAAAAGUAUUGCAAUGAAACCUACGGAUUUGUAUGCCUUCAAAGUGUUGAUCCUUCUUUCCCAGACUCCCCUGAACCAAUGAUUUCCAGGGACUAUGUCAAAAUAUUAAAUGACUCUAUAAAGGUUGUUACUCAAAAUAUGAGCUGGCAUUCAGCCAAAAUGCAUUGUGAAGGUGAUGGUGCCAGACUGGUUAGCCUGCAGAACAUAUGGUCACAGGCGUAUGUUGAGCUGCUGGCUUUGAAUCUUAAAGCUCCUCUCUGGAUUGGACUGAACAAAAAUCAGACCAAUAGGUAUUUCAGAUAUAUUGAUGGCUGGUUCAUGAAAUUUUCUUACUGGGGAAAAAAUGAACCAAGCAGGGACAGACCUUGUGUCUAUGUGGAUGUGGAUGGACAAUGGAAGACCGCUGACUGCAAGCAGACCAUGAACUUUGUUUGCAUGAAGUCUACAGAUGUGCCACCAACAGAGCCAAGUGUUUUUACAGGCAUUUGCCCUGACGACUCAGAUGCAUUGAACACAGACGGGAAGAACAACUGGAUACCAUUUCACGGUUACUGUUACAAAUUUGUCUUCAAAAUAAAACAGUGGGGAGAUGCAUCUGUCAGCUGUGUAAGGCAUGGUGGAUCACUGGCCAGUAUUGAACAUCCCUUUGAACAAGACUUCAUUCAAAGCAACAUACACAUAUUUAAAGACAGCCAUAGCUCGUUCUGGAUUGGCCUGUUUAAAACUCACAAAGGGAAGUGGUUGUGGUUGGACAAAACAAUCGUGGACUACACUUAUUGGGCCGAAGAUCAACCUAAUGAAGGCAGCCAAGUAGAGAUUAGUGCUUUAGACGGGACAUGGAACACAAACAAUCAGUUAUUUAGGAGACCAUACAUCUGCAAAACACCUAAAGUAAUGACACCAACCACAACAACGACACUACCAGCUCCUGAUCCCUUUCAUCAUGACAACAUAGCUGUGGCAACUGUGAUGAGCAUUAUUGGGAUUGCCACAGGGGCUGUGAUUGCCUUCUUCCUCUAUAAGAAGUUUGCUCAUCGCUUAUCCAUCCCUGUCAACAUAAAAACUUUUGACAACCCCCUUUUCUUCAGCAAGGACAACUCUCACACUGAUGUUGUUGAUACUGACACACUGAGUGUAGGCUUCUAAUUUUUAUAGUAAGAUGGUCUAAAAAAAUCCAAGAGACUUCUCAUUUAAAUUUCACAAGAUUUAUUAACACAAUGAUAUAAUACAUUUACAAUGGACGCUCGGCCGAGGUCUUCUUCUAUUUAACUGGUCCACAGUCCACUUUCGAGUGGUUAUCUGUCUACAGCCUCGUAGGAAGAAAGGCCGUUCUUAAACUUCUCAAAUUGUUUUCUAAUCUAAGGUCCUUCCGGACUCUUUUUCACUCAUUGGUUAGUGACGGCGGGGCGGGUCUUCGGCACAUCUGACUUUGUCAUCUUCUUUGUCAUCUUCUUCUUCCCUUUUAUAACGUAACCAUAUCACAUCUCUUAUAAUAUCCUUGUUACACAAUUCAUCUAAUAUUCAUUGUUACAUAAUUAAACACACAAUAACACAUGAUAAUGUAGCGUCAAUGAGUGCUAUGUAUAUCCACGUGUCAUUCUUAUUAUACUCACAUACUCAAUAUUCCAUUAGCUACAUGCUACUUGAGGCUAAAAACAAUAACAAGUUUGAGAUCUGGUCCGUCAGGAAACAGUGAAUUAUGCCCUUUAAAGUUCCGUUUAAAUAUAUUGAUUUAUUCCCACACUAGCUAAAAUGUCCAAAGGCACUAGGACUGUCAGUAUUUAUAAUGAACAUUCAAUUAAAAUAUUUUGUAAUGACUGUGAAGAAAUGUAUUAAUGGGAUGUACUGCAGGGUAUAUGCAGGAAUCCUGAAGCCAAAUGUAAUACCUUUUAAGACCCUUUCCAUACAUUUUAAGACCUCAUCGCCACUUCGACUUCUAACCGGUUACGUUGGCGACACACUUUACCUCACAUUUACUAUAGGCUAUACAGUAUUGAUUGUAAGAUAGCACAACUAAACAGUCUGUGAUAACUCCUUAUCAUAAUUCAGAUAGAACAAAUAAUGUGAUGCAACAAGUCAACCGGCGUAAACGGACCUUCGCGCGCUAUCAAGCAGCAGUCAGUCAGUCAGUCAGUCAGUGAGCGCGCAAUGUCUUGUUCAGAUAACGUCAAAUCCAACGGGAUGCCAUAAAUAAACUACACAGAAUCACACUACACACCUAUACAAUGAUUAAGUUCAGGAAAACUUUAGAAUACAACCUCUUUGGACAAUUUAUAUACUUAUAUAACAAGCUACAACAUUUAAUACCUUGGAAAAUGCUGUUUAAUACUUUUUAAUAACCUUAAUUUUCGCUAAAUUGAUUGAUCAACUUUUAAUACUUUUUAAGACCCCCAGACACCCUGUACUGGGAAGACUUACAAUUGUUAGGGUAACAGUGUAUUUGGACCCGGCCGUGGCGUAACUGGCUGGGGCACCUGCACCGUACACCGGCGACCCGGGUUCGAUUCCCGACCCGUGGUCCUUUCCGGAUCCCACCCCGACUCUCUCUCCCACUUUCCUGUCACUCUCCACUGUCCUUUCCGAUUAAAGGCAAAAAGCCCCCAAAAAAUGUCUUAAAAAAAACCAAAAAACUGUAUUUGAAAAUUUGCCACAGACUCCUGUGCAAUCACAUGCCUAUUCAAUGCAGUUAUUUUCAAUUCACUAAAGGAAACUAAAACAGGAGUAAACCGUUUGAUUACUGCUAUAUUCUAAACAUUGACCUGAAGAACAAUCUAUUAUUUAUUUAGAAAAUAAUAAAAAUACAAUAGUUAUUGAAGGUCUGGUGAUUGACAUGUUACUUCAAUACAAAAUAGCUGGUCCAUGUUAAAAAGGUCCAGCCGACUUUUAAAUGGGUCGUAUAUAGCAAAAGUUGUAGCUAUCGUUGGGUUAACCCCCUUGACUUAUCACCAGUCAGUUAGCAAGGCACAGAACCUGGAACGCUCUCCCCAAACACAUUUGUCACUGCACCAAUUGGAUGUUCAAGAAUUGCCUUUAACGUGUUAAUAAUUUCGUGUCUUAGAAUAUUUCUGUUUUGUGUUUGAUUAUUGUACCUGUAAAUGUAAUACAUUGUUUUAUUAUCAUUGUUAUUAUUAAUAAUGAACAACCUGCAGAUUUUUUAAUUGUACAUGCACUUUUUUACUUUGUAUAUUGAGCAAUUUGUACUAGCACAACUUGUACUCACCUUUUUAAUCCUUGAGCUCUUACUCAAGAAUACUGUUCUCACAGCUCACUUCCUCUUUAACCAAAACAUUAUUGUCUAUA